AUGGUCUUGCUCCUGAGAUUCUUCAUCUCUCUUGGUUUCUUGUCGGCUAGUUUUGUCACCGCAGCUCCUGCAUCUGAUAGCAGCAAACAAGCAACUACUACUUGCGCCCCAGUUCAUUUAUUCGUUGCCCGUGGAACGAGCGAAAGCCCGGGUGAUGGAUCUAUUGGCUCUCUAGCCGACCUUGUCCUUCAGGGAAAUCCGGGGGCUACACAGGAAGCUAUCGAUUAUCCAGCUUUAGCCUUCCCAGUCUACAUCGCAGAUGUUUCGAUCGGAAUCAAGGCGGUUACGGAUCAGUUCGCGCGCUAUACGAGCUCGUGCCCCGAUUCCACCCUCGUUCUGAUAGGCUACUCCCAAGGGGCUCAAAUUAUGCUAGAUGCCUUAUGCGGCUCAGGAAGCAUCUUGAAAGGGGGCAUCGGAACUCCUACGAUUACCGAGUCGCAGGGCAAGAAAAUUGCGGCAGUCGUUGGAUACGGCGAUCCUGGUCAUACUGCAGGGGAGUCUUGGAACCAGGGAACUGCGAAGGAAAAUGGGGCGAGAGGACUUGGGACUGACCAUGGGCUGUAG